AUGUCCUACAUGGAAGAAGAAGACCACGGGUCCUCCCCUGAGCAGCGACUUGGUAAUCUAGAGGAAGCCAUGCAGCGAAUAGAGGGACUCCUCAACAACUUCAUAAUCGAACAUCAACAGCCUGCCCCUGUCCCUGCCCCGUCUCCGGCACUCGAGACCCUCAUCCGCCCCAAUCCCCCAUUCGCGUUUGACGGAGAUCGCACCCAGGGCAAGACGUUUCUCCAUUCCGUCAAGCAGUACUGGCGCCUCCUCCCUGAGGCCUUCCAUGUGAAUGGGGUAGUAUCAGAAGAGCGGGUGGUACGUUUCGCCCUCUCCUACAUGUCCAAGGACUCGGCGGCCUCCUGGUCAGAACGCAUGUCAGAGCGCCUCGUCUUCCCAUUUCCGACCUGGUCCUCCUUUGUGGCUGAGUUCAAGCUCCGGUUUGUCGAGGAGAACGAGCAAGACCACGCCCUGGCACGACUGGAGACCCACGCUUACUACAUGGGAUCCCGCGACGUGUUCAAAUACACGGACAAGUUCGACGACCUUCUCGACUUGGCGGGUUACUCUGACAACUUGGUCAAGGUCACCAAGUACCGGGCGGGUCUGGACCCCAGAAUCAAUCAGGCAAUCACGACCUCCGGUAACCCGCCUAGCCUCACAAACUACUCGGAGUGGCGUACCCGCGCAUUCCGCCAGUACAACGCCGAGGUGGCUGCCCGAGCUGCACGAGGACAGGUGUUCUCUCCAUCCCGCGCUCCGCCUCCUGCGGCCCCCCCCCUCGCCCCGUGGCUGCUCCGGUGGUUGCUCCACCUCCUGCUCCCCGACCAGCCCCAGUAG